AUGGCUAACGAAGCAAUCAAUGGAGCUCCUGCGACCAGCGCAGUUGAGAAAAAGGAUACCAACAACUCCACUGCCCCGGACGCCCCUGUCGCAACCGCGCUGAACGGGGACGCGCCCAAAGAGGCCAGCGCAACCCCAGCGGAAGCUGCUGAAUCUUCCAGCGCAGAGCAACAGGCUGACAGCUCAAAGGGUGCGGGAAAUAAGCAUGAGCGCGACGAUGCAACUGCUGCACUGGUGGAGAAAGAAAACCCGGAACCGGCUGGUGAGCCUGCCGCGAAAAAGCAGAAAACCGACACGGAACCUGCUCAGGCCACCAACGGAACUGAAGUUACAGCUGUGGCGAAUGUCCAGAAGAAGAGACGCCCGGGUAGACCUAGGAGAUGGGGGGGGAACGGGAAGGCCGAAAAGAAAGCACCUAGGCCUCGCGCCACUGAGGGAAUCGGAAGCAGAACUAGGAGUCGCGUCCAGGCAUAG